AUGGCUGGUGAGAAGCGAAAGAAACAAUGGAUGGGCAGUCGUGAUGGCAAUACGAAGCGUCACAACGGAUCACUAGCUGCUGCUGCUAAUGCAAAAGGUUAUGGUGCAGUAUUAGUGACAUGUGAUAAGAUGCAUGAACGGCAGAGCGUGAGUGAUGCGCUCAAUAUUUUAAACGAAGCGGCCGAUCGCUUUUUCCCGUCAGCUAAAGAGAAGGAGGAAAAUACAACAGAGAAAGAAGGGAAUUCAGUGCAAAAGAAGCUUCAAGAGGAGGUUGAAGCAUUGAAGACGCAGGCAAAGAGUCGCCAGACGGGCAGGUUUACACCGCUAGAUACUGGAGUCAAAGGCGCUGUGCUAAUCCAGUUUAAAGACGAUCAUUUGUCCCCCACAGCUCUAUUGGCCAAGAUUUUUGAACAAGUUGAGAAUACUAAGGAAUUUGCAUCGAGAUUUAUCAUGAGAAUGAUCCCAUUGGAGAAAAUUGGCUACUCGAGCGUGGAAGCUAUUAAGGAACUCGCUGCCCCGAUGAUUGAAACGCACUUGAAGACUUUUAAGGAAGAACAGAAGGCUGCGGGCACUGACGAUCCUUUCACGUUUGCAGUCGAGUUUAAACGUCGUAAUUGCACUAAUCUGAACAGCAUGGACGUCAUUGAUACACUUGUGCAACUAGUAGGAGAUGACAAGACCAAGGUGAAUCUAACGGCACCCCGCUGUGUUUUGAUGGUUGAGGUCUUUCGGAACACGUGCGGUUUUAGCAUACUGACGGAUUUUCAUCGAUUUAAGAAGUACAACGUGCGCUCAAUCAUCGACCCUCCUGUUCCUGGACAGCAGACGGCCAAGAGGGGAGACAAGGACGGUAAGUUACUAGCGAAGGACGAUGAAUUAAAAACCGACGCCUCGGCGUACACGAAAGCAACGAAUGAUGAUCCUGAGAAAAUUGACGAUCUGGCGGUCGAGAAAGAAGACACAGACGAGAAGAGCACGACGGUAGUGCAUGACAAGUCGACAGAGGAGGAAUAG